CCGGAAGUCGAGAGCUGGUAUCUCAGUGCCGACCCGUUAGUUCCCCUUGGCGUACCGCGGGUUCAGGUUGUUCCACCUUAGGCGACCCCGGGCACGGCUGCUGGCCCCCAACGAAGUGCACGUCGCGGAUUCCCCGCCCUCGGUCUUAUCCCCACCGCGGCUGUUCGCCCUGUUUUCCGGCUGAGCUGACUUGCUCCGUUCGCAUCCGCGUUCCGCCCAUGGCUGGGGCCGCCCCGACCACGGCCUUCGGGCAGGCUGUGAUCGGCCCGCCGGGCUCGGGGAAGACCACAUAUUGCUUGGGCAUGAGUGAGUUCUUGCGCGCGCUGGGCCGGCGCGUGGCCGUAGUGAACUUGGACCCGGCCAACGAGGGGCUGCCGUACGAGUGCGCCGUGGACGUGGGCGAGUUGGUGGGGCUGGGCGACGUGAUGGACGCGCUGCGGCUGGGGCCCAACGGCGGCCUGCUUUACUGCAUGGAGUACCUGGAAGCCAACCUGGACUGGCUGCGUGCCAAGCUCGACCCCCUCCGCGGCCACUACUUCCUCUUCGACUGCCCAGGCCAGGUGGAGCUCUGCACGCAUCACGGCGCCCUGCGGAGCAUCUUCUCCCAAAUGGCACAGUGGGACCUUAGGCUGACUGCUGUCCACCUUGUGGAUUCUCACUACUGCACAGACCCAGCCAAGUUCAUUUCAGUACUGUGCACCUCCCUGGCCACCAUGCUGCACGUGGAGCUGCCACAUGUCAACCUCCUCUCCAAGAUGGACCUCAUUGAGCACUAUGGGAAGCUGGCCUUCAACUUGGACUACUACACAGAGGUCCUGGACCUCUCCUACCUACUUGAUCACCUGGCAUCUGACCCUUUCUUCCGCCACUACCGCCAGCUCAAUGAGAAACUGGUGCAGCUCAUUGAAGACUAUAGCCUAGUCUCCUUCAUCCCUCUGAACAUCCAGGACAAGGAGAGCAUUCAACGAGUCCUGCAGGCUGUGGAUAAAGCCAAUGGCUACUGUUUUGGGGUCCAAGAGCAGCAAAGUCUGGAGGCUAUGAUGUCUGCUGCAGUGGGAGCGGACUUCCAUUUCUCCUCCACGCUGGGCAUCCAGGAGAAGUACUUGGCCCCCUCGGACCAGUCAGUGGAGCAAGAAGCCAUGCAGCUAUAGCAGCAAGCUGGGCCCUGGAGAGCAGGAUUCAUAACCCGGCAGUGGGGAAAGUGGAGGCUUCUCGGCAAGCAGCAGACAGCUUAGCAAGCUGCAGACCCAAGAGCAAGUCCAGCCAGAGCUGGGAAGCUGGCAAGGGGACACCCAGCCCCGCAAAGGACUUCUGGCCAACAAGCCAGACAUGGCACCAAGCAGAGCACCUACCACAGCCUCUGUGGUGCCCAUGAACUCUGGGCCCUGCCACCAGGAUUUGAGCUCUGGUCCCACUCAGGCUGUGAGCUCUGAGUUUAUGAGAGUUUAUUUUCUA